GGAGAACAAAAAGAGUUUUACCCACUGUCUCCUGCCUAUAGUUCUUCCGCUGCUUGAGCUGAUUGUCCUGGGCUUGGCUUUCCUGUGACUUCCUCCCUGCCUCAGGUAGAAACUGCGAAGACCAGCUUCUGCAGACAAGUACUUCCCAACCUUUGCACCUUUGGACUGUUCUACCCUGAUCUGGCUCCCCUUUCACAUUCUGCCUGUCUGGGAAAUUAUGAGCAAAGACAGCAACGGUAAACAAUUGACAUCUAGCAGCCACAAGGUUUUGUAAAGAUCAGGUCUGUACAGCAUCCAAGACACAACAAUGGCUUUAUCUCUGGAAGAAUUUGUCCACUCCCUUGACCUAAGGACCCUCCCCAGGGUCCUGGAAAUCCAGUCAGGCAUCUAUUUUGAAGGGUCUGUUUAUGAGAUGUUUGGCAACGAAUGCUGCUUGUCAACGGGAGAAGUGAUUAAAAUCACAGGUCUCAAAAUUAAGAAGAUCAUGGCUGAAAUUUGUGAGGGUCAUACUGGAGAUGCUGAGUCUCUGAAACCUUUUGAGCUGCCCAUGAAUUUUCCAGGUCUCUUUAAGGUCAUGGCUGAUAAAACUCCAUACCUGACAAUGGAAGAAAUCACAAGAACCAUUAAUAUCGGACCCAGCAGACUAGGUCAUCCUUGCUUUUAUCGCUUGAAGGACAUAAAACUAGAGAAUCUCACUAUUAAGCAGGGUGAGCCAAUCCAGUUCAACUCAGUUGAAGAGAUUAAUGGAGAAACGCUGGUGAAUUGUGGUGUGGUCAGGAAUCACCAGCGCCACUCAUUUACUUUGCCAUUGUCACAAGAAGGAGAAUUUUAUGAGUGUGAGGAUGAACAUAUCUAUACCCUAAGAGAAAUUGUCGAAUGGAAGAUUCCCAAGAACAGAACACGGACAGUGAAACUUACAGAUUUCUCAAAUAAGUGGGACUCAACCAAUCCAUUCCCAGAAGACUUUUAUGGUACACUGAUUCUCAAGCCCGUUUAUGAAAUCCAAGGUGUUCUGAAAUUUCAAAAGGACAUAGUCCGGAUUCUUCCCAGUUUAGACGUUGAAGUCAAAGAUAUUACUGACUCUUAUGAUGCUAACUGGUUUCUUCAGUUGCUGUCUACAGACGAUCUUUGUGAAAUGACCAGCAAAGAGUUUCCAGUAGUAGCUGAAGUCAUCGAAGUGUCUCAAGGGAACCAACUCUCCCAGAGUAUUUUACAGCCUGAGAAAACCAUUGUCAUCCAUAAAAAGUACCAGACUUCGAGGAUCUUAGCUUCAGAAAUUCGCAGCAACUUCCCUAAAAGACACUUCUUGAUCCCUACGAGCUACAAAGGCAAGUUCAAAAGAAGACCCCGGGAGUUCCCAACAGCCUAUGACCUGCAGAUAGUUAAGAGCAAGAAAGAAACUCUCCAUGUGGUAGCCACCAAAGCUUUUCAUACACUUCACAAGGAGCUGUCCUCUGUGUCUGUUGGAGACCAGUUUCUAGUGCAUCAUACAGAAAGCACAGAAGUUGUCUUUGAGGGAACAAGAAAAGUAAACAUUCUGACUUGUGAAAAAAUCCUCAAUAAGUCCCAUGAAGCAGCACGGCUUCCUCUGUAUAUGGAAGGUGGUUUUGUAGAGGUGGUUCAUGAUAAGAAACAAUACCAGAUAUCUGAGCUCUGUACACAGUUCUGUUGGCCCUUCAAUGUGAAGGUGGCUGUGAGAGAUCUCUCCAUUAAAGAUGACAUUUUGGCAGCUACCCCAGGACUGCAGUUGGAGGAGAACAUCACAGAUUCUUACCUACUUAUCAGUGACUUUGCAAAUCCUGGGGAAUGUUGGGAAAUUCCCAUGGGCCGCCUGAAUAUGACUGUUCGAUUAGUUAGUAGUAGUAGUUUGCCUGUGGAUGCAGGGCCACUUCAAGUUAGGAGUCUUGUGGAAGAGAUUACAGAAGAACAGUAUUACAUGAUGAGGAGGUAUGAAACUUCUCUAUCACAUCCCCCACCUCGCCCUCCCAAACAUCCCUCAGCUGAGGAAAUGAAGCUAACCUUGCUCAGCUUAGCAGAAGAAACAACAAUAAAUCUGCCUAAGUCUCCCAAGCAUCACCACGUAGACAGAGCCAAGAAGCUUCACUCAGAUCAAGGUGGUCAGAAUUCAAGAGUACCAGUUGGUUUUCAAAAUGAUUUCGCUGAUGUGGAGAGACAGAAAAGCAAGUAUGGGCCACUGCAGUAG